ACCAUGUUGUCUAUAUUUUAUUUAUUUGUUCAUGCAAUUAGGGAAAGGACCUAAUUGAACAGCCCCCUAUUCUGGUUGUUGGAGGCCGGGGUUGGCCAUGGCUCGAGCCAUGGUGACGUGUUGGGUGGCGGUCUUGGGCAUGGCCAUGGCUAUGGCCGGCGUUGCCAACGGGUUCGUAGGCGUGAAUUGGGGUGACUUUUGCUCUCAGAAUAUGCCCGUUCACAUUGUGGUUCAAAUGCUCAAGGACAAUGGAGUGGAACAUGUCAAGAUCUUCGACUCCAAUGCAGCCACCAUCAAAGGCUUCGCCGGCACCGGGAUUGAGCUCAUGAUUGGCAUUCCCAAUGUGGAGCUCCAGGAGAUCAGCGACAACUAUGAGAAGGCCAGGGAAUGGGUCAGGGAGAAUAUCACCCAGUAUAUCAAGGAUGGAGAGAUCAAUAUAAGGUAUGUGGCAGUGGGGAACGAGCCAUUUCUGAAGAGCUAUAGUGGUUUGUUUCUGAACGUUACGUUACGGGCCCUGCAAAACAUCCAGUCUGCUCUGGACGAAAUAGGCCAUGGCGAAACGGUCAAAGCCACCGUCGCCCACAACGCCGACGUCUACCAGUCCGCCGACGAGAUGCCGUCGGAAGGUGAUUUCCGUGCCGACAUAAGGGACGUCAUGGUUGAGAUGGUGAGGUGGAUGAAAGAAAACAAUUCCCCCUUCGUCGUCAACAUCUACCCUUUCCUCGCCGUCUACCAAGACCCCGACUUCCCCAUGGAAUACGCCUUCUUCGACGGCAAAUCCGACCCCGUCCGCGACCACAACAUCACCUACACCAACAUGUUCGACGCCAACUUCGACACCCUCGUCAAUGCGCUCAGUAAGGCAGGCGCCCCGGACCUGGACAUCAUCGUCGGGGAGAUCGGCUGGCCCACCGACGGCAACAUAAACGCCAACACCAAGCUGGCCCAGAGGUUCUACGCGGGGCUGAUUAAGAAGCUGGGAAGCGAAAAGGGAACCCCACUUCGACCGGGGCGCCGCAUCAGCGCCUAUCUGUUCAGCCUGCUGGACGAGAACAUGAAGAGCAUCGCGCCGGGCAACUUCGAGCGGCACUGGGGGAUCUUCCGGUACGACGGGCAGCCCAAGUUUCCGGUGGAUUUGUCGGGCGAGGGACGAGAGGGGGUGUGGCCGGUGGCGGCGAAGGGGGUGCAGUACGGGGCGCCUAUGUACUGCUUGCUGAACCUGGAGGGGAAUCCAAACAUGAGCCUGGUGCAGCCGAACAUAGAUUACGCGUGCGCUGCGGCGGACUGCACGGCCUUGACGUACGGGUCGUCGUGCAGCAACAUGGAUUUGGUGGGAAACGCAUCGUAUGCCUUCAACAUGUACUACCACAUGUAUGAUCAGAACGGGGAGGCGUGCAUCUUCAAUGGCCUGGGGACUCUCUCCAUGAGCAAUCUCUCCACGGAUAGCUGCCUUUUCCCCAUUCGAAUCAUAGCCGAGAACGCUGGCCAGCCCAGGUUCGCCUCAAGUGUCUUGGGCAGCCUUGCCUCUUUGCUGCUCGUUUUGCUCGGUUUUGUUUCAGGAUUAGGAUUGUGAUCCAUCAAUGAUCAUUUCAUUAUUAUUAUUAUUAUUAUUAUUAUUACUAUUAUUAUUAGAAGAAGAAGAAGAAGACAAAGACAAAGACGAAGACCACCACCACUCCUCCUCCUCCUCAUUUGCAGCCCGCCAUGUUUGAUAUACACUCCUGGUUAUUAAUUAUAACUUGUAACCAUCCAUAUAUAUGUCUAUAUAUGAACUAAUGCUAUGGGUUAUGUCACAUUG